AUGGCCUCCAAGGAUGAGGUCCGCCUGAAGGUGUUGCUCCUGGGAGCCAUCGAACACGCCCACCAAGCCUGGUCAACCAUUGCGGCUAUCGCCGAUGUCAUCACCCCAACCGCGACUGACCGCGCUGCUUUCCUCGAGGAGGCCGCUUCCGGCGCCUUCGACGGCUGCGUCGCCGCCUAUCGCACAUUUGACAGCUUCACCAUCACGGGCAAGAUCAAUACUGAGCUCCUCGCGGCACUGCCCCCCUCAUUGCGUUUUAUCUGCCACAAUGGCGCGGGCUACGACCAGAUCGAUGUGAAGGCCUGCACAGAACACAACGUACGUGUGUCAAAUGCUCCGACCGCGGUGGAUGAUGCCACGGCGGACCUGGGCAUUUUCUUGAUGCUCGGUGCCCUCAGGAACUUGGGUCUGGGCAUGGCGGCCUUGAGGGCGGGUGAUUGGAGGGGUUCGACACUGCCGGCCUUGGGUCAUGAUCCGCAGGGCAAGGUGUUGGGCAUCUUGGGUAUGGGGGGCAUCGGUCGCAACAUGGCCAAAAAGGCGCUGGCGUUUGGUAUGAAGAUCCAUUAUCACAACCGUACCAGGCUAGAUGCGGACGUGGAGGCCGAGCUUGGCGCAGAGUAUGUCGAGUUCGACGAGCUCUUGAAGGACAGUGACGUGCUGAGCUUGAAUCUGCCUCUCAAUAAACAUACUCGACACAUCAUCUCCCAAGCCGAGUUCGCCAAGAUGAAGCCCGGUAUCGUGAUUGUCAACACGGCCCGCGGCGCCGUCAUGGAUGAGGCCGCGCUAGUUGAGGCGCUUCAGUCUGGCCAGGUCGGCUCAGUUGGCCUUGACGUCUACGAGGAGGAACCGCAGGUUCACCCUGGUCUGGUUUCUAACCCGCAGGUGAUUCUUGUCCCGCACAUGGGCACCUGGACCCUCGAGACGGAGACCAAGAUGGAGGAGUGGACCAUUAGCAACCUUCGCAUGGCGAUUGAGGAGGGCAAGCUGCGAAGCAUUGUCCCCGAGCAGCGAGACCUGUGA